AUGCACGCCACCACUCAAUUCCGUCGACUUCUCGAACAGCCGGGCAUAAUCAUGGCCCCGGGGGCAUACGACUGCCUCACCGCCAAGUUGAUUGAGGCCGCCGGAUUUCCAGCGGUGUACAUGACCGGCGCAGGGACAUCGGUGGCGCGGCUGGGUUACCCCGACCUGGCGCUGGCGACGAUGACCGAGAUGCUGGAUAACGCCUCGCAGAUCGCCUCCAUUGUCGACAUCCCAGUGAUUGCCGACGCGGACACCGGCUACGGAGGGAUCCUCAACGUGCGGCGCACGGUACGGCAGUACGAGCGCAGCGGGGUUGCCGCCCUGCAUCUCGAGGACCAGGAAUUUCCCAAGCGAUGCGGGCACCUGGACGACAAGCGAGUCAUUGCCACCGAGGACAUGGUCCAGAAGAUUAACGCGGCGGUGGACGCCCGCACCGAUGACGAUUUCACAAUCAUAGUCCGAACCGAUGCCAUUGCGGUCACCGGAUGGGACGACGCGAUGGACCGGUGCGAGCAGUAUGUCGAAGCCGGCGCGGACGUUCUGUUUGUGGAGGCGUUGCGCACUCCGGAACAAAUUGAGCAAGCAGGGCGAGAGCUGAAUGUCCCAUUGCUGUACAACUACGUGGAGACGGGGAAGUCGCCGCUGCUUCCGGCCUCCGAGCUGGAACGGUACGGGUUCAAGAUAGUGAUCUAUCCGGCCAGCGGGCUGCUGUCGGCGAUGCAUGCCGUCCGGGAGACGCUGGCGACGCUGAAGCAGCAGGGUACGACCUCGCAUCUGCUGGAAAAGAUGGACAGCCUGCAGGACUGCUUCGAGGCCGUUGGCCUCUCCGAGAUGCUGGACGAGGACGCCCGGUUCGCCACAUCCGGGGCCUUGUAG